AUGAUCCACUCUUCUGUGGCCCCAGGUUUCUCUGUGCAGGGCCCCAGGGAGCCUCUAGUGACCAGGCCUGGGGACGAGGUGCUGCUGCCCUGCUCUGUGGACAGCGCUGUCCCCCUGCAGGAGCUGGAGGUGGAGUGGCUGAGGACAGAUCCAGACACCCUGGUGCUCCUGUUCUCCGAGGGGGAGAGCAGGCCGGAGUCCCAGCACCAGAGCUACCGGGGCCGAGCGGAGCUUUUCCCUCAGGAGAUUCCCAGAGGAAACUUCUCCCUGCGGCUGGCCAAUUUCACGGUCGAAGACACAGGAGUGUACAGGUGUGCUGUUUACACAAAGGAGGACUCCGGUCAGACCACUGUGGAGCUGAAGGAACAGGAGCGACUGGCUGUGAGCGGAGCCAGCGAGCCUGUGGCUGCCUAUGCUGGAGGGGAGGUGGUGCUGAACUGCUCUGUGGACACGAAUGUCCCCCUGCAGGAGCUGGAGGUGGAGUGGCUGAAGACUGACUCCACUAUCUUAGUGCACAUGUUCUCCGAGGGGGAGAGCAGGCCGGAGUCCCAGCACCAGCGCUACCGGGGACGCGCAGAGUUCAUCACUGAGAGGAUCCCUAACGGGGACUUCUCUCUGAGGCUGAAGGACAUCAGGACUGAAGACAAGGGGGAGUACAUGUGCAUAGUCCACACAGACUCGGGUUCCGCAAAUACAACAGCAGAGCUGAAAGAGCUGGGGUUUUCCACAGCUCAUAUCUGGAUCCUGCUUCUGGCUCUUUCUGCACUGGGAGUCGUGCUCCUGACCAGUGUGCCAGCAUGCCAGUUCUUGCUCCAGAACCGUGAGACCAGCUGGCGGUGGCCCUGCUGUCUGGUGAACUGUGUCGCUCCUGGGCUCCUCUUGUCUGUAGCCUUUAUCCUGUGGGGCCAGACUGAAGGUUUUCUCCAGGAAUCGGUCACCUGCGCCACUGUCAGUGUGCUGAGGGUCCUGCUGGUGUCAAUGAUGGCUUCCUAUUCACACUGGUAUCCAGGAAACCUUGGGAGGAUAUUGAAACGUUUCAGUGUCCCAUUUGUGUUUUUUGCCUUUUUAACGGUGGUGAUGUCUGUUAUUCUUGCAGAAUAUUUUAAAACCAGAGCGCCGGACACAGCUGGCAAACAAACUAUUGGGAUCCUCAGCGGGUUAGUGUUCCUGUCCUCUCUCUUCGGGAUUGUUGUAAAAGAUGUGUGUGUCUUGUCCAGGUGGGUGGAGGUCACAGCAAGCAGGCGCGCAGACAGCAGAGCCCAGGGCGAGGUUCACAGGGAAAUAACUCACACUCAGAUGGUAUCCAGUACUGUGCCAAAGACAGGACAACAUAAAUAAACAUUUAGAAUGCAGAGGGUUUGUAUUUACUUUAGACUAAGCAGCUUACAAAACCUUUGCUGAAAUCCCCGUUACUUUAGUAAGGGAGAAUUUUAAUUUUUCAUGUAUGUAAGAUUUUUCCCUUACCUUAAUAACAAGGGACUGUAAUGACAGGUGAGUCUUGAUUAUGUAAUCCAGUCUUACUGUACAUUUCAGUAUCCAAUCCUGUCCUGGAGCUCUAAGUAAUUGUUCUUAGUAGGAACACAGCUGAGGUUAAUCAACAGCAACAAAGCAAGUGUGAGAGCUUCCGGAUCUUAUCUGAUCUCCACGUUCUUCUACACUUCCUAUAACCCCAUGUGCUGACCCCCACCUGAUUCAGGCUUUUUGGAAAGGAUGUCAGCAGGAGCCCAGAUCCAUCACUGGGGUUCUGUCCCAGUACUCAAUGGGGCUCCUUGCCACCCUGCCUGGGAAUGUGGAAUUCCAGAGAAUCAGAUGACCUCCAUCAUGGAAUCAUGGAUUGAUCCCAAAAGGCAGUGGUGUCUUCAUGGAAGUGGCUCAGGAGAAGACAGACAG